UUCGCGCAUGCGCUGUGACACCGGGCUCAGCUACAGCUGGGUCUUUGUUAUCAUAAACAGAAGAAGCUCCUUCAGGUUUUGAAGGAAUAUUAAGGACGACAUAUUUGAGGGAAGACUGCAGGUGAUUUCUGCUGUUUUUCUGACACGGAUUAAUCACACUGCUGCUUUAGAAUAGCGGAGAAAAUGAGCUGAAACUGAACUGAGCUGAGCUGAACCUAGCUGACAAUUUCAGAUGUACACAAACAAACGCAGCGCUCGGCUGCUCUUAAGGUGGAACUGAGGACGGAUCUCAGCACAGCAUCUGCUCGGGGUUUUCUCUGUUUGUUUGUUUUUGUGGUUGAAAACUGAAGCUGCUGCUGGGGCUGUUGUCACCAUGAAGCUCCUCCAGAGCUGAAGGGAGCUCGGCUCCACUUUUCUACCCGGCGACCAUGAGAGGCGAGCGGGGGCUCUGUUGGAACAGGCAGCCCAUGGCACAGGCAGGCGGGCUUGGACUCUCAGGCUGCCCCGUCGAUACCGCGGAGAAGCAGGGGACGGAGGGAGGGAUCCCGUGGCCCAAAACUGCCCCCAGUUUCCCCACAAGCUAACGCCAGCUUAUCCGAGUCUUCCACAAACCGCGGAGAAAUGGAGACUGUGGGCAAAUUCGAGUUCAGCAGGAAGGACCUCAUAGGACAUGGGGCUUUCGCGGUGGUCUUUAAAGGCAGAAACCGUGAGAAACAUGACUGGGAGGUUGCAGUUAAAUGCAUAAAUAAGAAGAACUUGGCAAAGUCUCAGACUCUCUUAGGGAAGGAGAUCAAAAUAUUAAAGGAAUUGAAACAUGAAAACAUCGUUGCAUUGCACGACUUCCAGGAAACUGCAAGCUCAGUGUAUUUGGUGAUGGAGUACUGUAACGGGGGAGACCUGGCGGACUACCUGCACUCUAAAGGCACUCUGAGUGAGGACACCAUCCGUGUGUUCCUGCAGCAGAUAGCAGGUGCUAUGCGAGUUCUGCAGGCCAAGGGAAUCAUUCACAGAGACCUGAAACCCCAGAACAUCCUGCUGUCACACCCAGCUGGCCGCAAGACUCAUUCCAACAACACCUGCAUCAAGAUAGCUGAUUUUGGGUUUGCACGGCACCUCCAGAACAACAUGAUGGCUGCCACUCUCUGUGGCUCCCCCAUGUACAUGGCUCCAGAGGUCAUUAUGUCACAGAACUAUGAUGCCAAGGCUGACCUGUGGAGUAUAGGAACCAUUGUGUUUCAGUGUCUGACUGGAAAAGCCCCGUUUCAGGCGAGCAGUCCUCAGGACCUCCGCUUGUUUUAUGAGAAAAACAAAAAUCUCAGCCCAAAUAUUCCCAGAGAAACCUCCAGCCACCUGAGGCACCUGCUGCUGGGUCUGCUGCAGCGGAACCACAAGGACCGCAUGGACUUUGACGAGUUCUUCAAACACCCGUUCCUUGAGGCGAGCUCCACCAUGAAGAAGUCGGCACCAGUGACCCUGACGUGUUUUCCCAGCUCGGCUUCUGCAAGCUCAUGUAGCAGCUCCUCCACCUCUCACCUUGCUUCUCCACCUCAGUCCCUUGGUGAGAUCCAGCAGAUUCGAGCGAAAGCUUUAGCCUCCCCUACCCAGGAUUCCCCAGGCUACCUGCUGAAGGACUCGGGCGGUGGCGGCAGCAGCAGUAAAAACUCCUCCUGCGACACAGACGAUUUUGUCAUGGUUCCAGCUCAUUUCCCCAGUGAACUCACAUGUGAAACGCCCUCAGGGAAGGUGCUUCAGGACAGUCUGAUGUAUAGUGGGAGUUCUCUCCUGGCAUCUGGAAGUCAGGGCAGUCAGGCCAAAACCCCACCUCGCUCACCCUCCUACAGCAGCUCUCCAGGACCAGCAGGCAGGCCCAUUGAAUACUCUGUGAGUAACUAUGGCAACUAUGGUCAGUCAGUACCCAUUCCAGUGCCCACUCAGAUUCACAACUACCAGCGAAUGGAGCAGAACCUGCACUCGCCCAGCCAGGACAGCUCUCCACGGUGCGGCCCAAUGCGGCGAUGCAGCAGCGGCAGCCCUCUGAGCUAUGGCAGAACGGGACCCUCUCCCCCACACCCGGCAGCCCCCCCUUCCCGCAGGCUGUCUAUGGGGGGCUCCAAACCCUUUCAGCUCUCCCCACAAGUGGGCACCAUCCCUGAGCUGGGCACAGAGACGGGCCACAGGGGCUCUUGGGGCGGAGCUCUCCAGAUUCCAGAGGCCAAGGCCCGACCCCAGCAGCAGCAGCAGCAAGGGCUGGGCUCGCGCCUCCACAGCGCCCCCUGUCUGCUGGAGGCUGCUGGUGGCUGCAGGCAGACGAUCAGGAAGCAGCACUCGGACCCGGUGGUGGCCCCUCAAGGGGGCACGUUGGCCCUUAGACCCCUGCAUUCCUCUCCCAGGCUCAGUGAGCUCAUGCAGCGCAGCCCUCUGCCUACCAUCCUGGGAUCCCCAUCAAGAGCUAUGCCCCCUUUCGAGUUCCCAAAGCCUCCCAGCUCCCCAAACAUGGUCACCUUUCUGACUCAGCAGGGCUUGGUUUUCCCAUCAUCUGCCAGCAGGCCGUCGCAGGGGGAGGGGGGUCUGCCUGCCGCCUGCCAGCCUGAGGAAGCGAAGGCCUUUGGAAGGUCCCAGAGCGCUGGCCGCUUGUCGGACAUGCUGCUGAUGGCUGCGUUCGGAGGGCAGCUCGGGGAGAGAGGGAGCUCAGAGAACCUCAGUUCUGACAGAGCCAUAGACAUCACAGCGCCCUCUGGUGGUGGCACCAUGGUGGUGGGCUCAGGCAGUCCAGCACGUGUGGUGUUCACUGUGGGAUCACCACCCCGUGGAGGCACCCCACCACAGACAUCCCGCUGCAGGAAGUUCUCAGCAGGCUCUUCCAGUUCCAUUAGCCCUGUGGGUUCACUCACCAGCCGCUAUCCCCAUUCAGGAAUGUGCUUGGACGGCUAUGAGGGUCCUUCCAGUCCCUGUUACGGACUUACAGGCCACAUCUCUGCCAACAUAGAGGGAGCUGUAACAUUUGAGGCCCCAGAGCUUCCAGAAGAGACACUAAUGGAGCAGGAGCACACAGAGACGCUGCACAGGCUUCGCUUCACGCUGGACUUCGCCCGCUGUAUGGUGGAGGUCGCGGCAGCGAGGGGUGGAGAAGCUGAGCGGGCAGAGCCAGCCCCCACCUGUCUGCAUGAGCAGCAGAGCAUGGUGGCUGACCAGAUCAGCUCUCUGAGCCGCGAGUGGGGAUAUGCUGAGCAGUUGGUGUUGUAUAUGAAGACUGCAGAGCUCCUGUCUUCUGCACUGCACACAGCCAUGGAGGGCAUCAAACAGGGCAAACUGUAUCCCUCUAGCACUGUCAAACAAGUGGUGAGGAGACUGAAUGACCUGUACAAGUCGAGUGUUAUGUCGUGCCGCUCUCUGAGUGCCCGUCUGGAGCGCUUCUUCUCCCGCAAACAUCGUCUGAUGGACCACAUUAACAGCAUCACUGCAGAGAGGCUCAUCUUCAGCCACACUGUGCAAAUGGUGCAGGCUGCAGCACUGGAUGAGAUGUUCCACCAGGGUGAGGCUUCAGUGCAGCGCUAUCAUAAGGCCCUGCUGCUGAUGGAGGGUCUGUCUCUGCUCCUUACAGAGCAGGCUGAUCUCCUCAACGUCAGCAAGUGUAAGCAGUGUAUUGAGCGCCGUCUCACCGCCCUGCAGGCUGGCCUGUGUGUCUGAGAGCUCUGGUUUGGUUCUCUGCUGUACUGCUGCUAAGCCUGCCAGGUUCCUACAUUCCUCUAUACCACCCCCAGCUUUCAUCUCUCAGGCCCUCCUCUCUUUAGCUUUUCACCACGAGGUCCUCCUAGAAAUGCAGGCUGAGAGGACUGAGCUCUUGCUGAUACGGACACCACAGUCAAGUGUGAGUAGCGACGACGCCUGCAGUUCUGCUGCAGACUAUGUAAUGGAGAGAGGCUCCGAGAGGCUCCCCCGCACCCACGCUCAAAUCAGAUAUCGUGCCGGUUCACUCAAACGGCCAGCGGGCUGCAGGCCAUCACGAUAAGCAGGCUCACUCUCAUCGAUUCCUUCACAUUAAAGCUGCAAAAUGGCUGUUUCUGGAUCUGUCUUAACUCUAAAACUCCUUCAACAAUAAGCUGCACUGUGUUCACGUCUUUAUUUUCACACAGACAUGAUGAUUUCACUUUAUAUAAUGGGAAUGUGCAAUCACAGUCAGUUAAAAGGUCUGGACCUGCAUCCUCAUCAGCGGUCGGAUUGAUUUUGGUCAUUUCGAAUGGAAUUUUUUGGAAGUCUGUUCAGGUGUCUGGCCAGCCAACUUCGAGACAGAUUGAAUGCUUUUAGGUUGAUUAGAAAUGAAGAAGAAUUUAGCUCACAGGGAAUGAAGUUGGAUUUUUUUGAUGGGUUGUUUUUGAGUUUGCCACUUUUUCUCGUGUUAAUUUUUCUUUCCAAUAUUGAGGUUCCAGUUUGGAGAAGAAGGCUUUUUACUGGAUGAAUCUCUGCACCAAAAAAGGAUCUGAGUCCUGCGAAUGGAUGCUGCCACAAUAAUGAAUAGGCCUACCCGGUGUUUUGGGCUACAAACAAGUACUAAUAUUGUUUUUGCUGUAUUUUGUCUUUAGCCAUCUGUUCACAUUCACACUGGCAGGCGGCAGAGCAACUAGCAACAAGUCAUAUCCCAAGAAAAGACAGGAUUUGUA